AUAGUCAAGGCAGUCUGCCUUCGGUGGCGGUCGUGUGCGGAUCUGUGCUGCGAGCUGCGGCCGUCUCGUUCACUUGCGGUAUAUAUUACCACGGAGAGAUGUCAGGGCAGGAGGAUGUCGGCAUCGCAGACAAGGGUCGAAGCAGAGCCGCAGGCAGGCGGCAGCAGCAGCGGUGUGGGCGCUGCGGAGCUGCAGGAGCGUCCGACAGCUGUGCCCUCAGCUGGACAACCAACUCCUCAAAGUCAAGAGCGCCGCGUUCGCUGCCUGCAGUGCCACGAGUUGGUGGUGGAACAACAGCGAUUCUUCGUCGACCAGUUCUACAUUGACUGGUGGAAUGUUAUCUGCAGUAUCGAACGUAGUGGCACGUGUGACGAGAUAAAACUCGAUGCUUCAGACCUGCAGUACUUCCUCAACUUGAGACGCCCUAGGGCUAGGGCACGCAAUCGGCAGGCGGCUGCUAGACGAUGAAAGACUGCAGUUGGCGUGAACGCUCACGUGCCUCCGGUGUAUACGUCUGCCCAGUUUAACAUGUGCUGGAAACACAAACUGAAACAUGACAAUAAUUAUAUAUUCUU